AACUUUGAAGGGCCUUUGCUGUUGAAAACCAGAUAGUCACGGGAGAGAAUUAGGAGGAAUGGCCAACCUUCCCGAUGACGUAAUAACCAACAUCUUAUUGCAACUACCGGUGAAAUCCCUGGUCCGAUUUCGAUGUGUCUGCAGAUCUUGGAAAUCCCUUAUCUCAGGUUCGUCAUUCGUACGAUCUUAUCUUGAUCGUUCCUUCAGGUACGGUGAAAAUGUUCUUCUUAAGUACACCAUCAAUGGUUCUUCAGGACUAGGAGUCUGGCCUCCGAGCCGCCAUGAAUUCUCUAGUGUUGAUCCAUCAAUUCUACCAGCGUCAGAUAGAUUUCAGUUGAAUGGUUCAUGUAAUGGCGUCAUCUGUUUAACCACUUUCUCUAGAAUCGAUCCCAAUCCCAAUCCCAACGCCGCUAAAAUUUAUCUCUGGAACCCCUCAAUCAAUGAACUCAGGGUUGUUCCAGAAUCCCAUUUUCGAGUGUCGAAUUUGGUCGGUUUCGGGUGUGAUCCCUCCAGUGGCCGCCUGCAUGAUUUCAAAGUGGUCAAUUUCAAAACCCAGCUGAACUUCAAGGAGAUUCUGUUCCUACCGAGCCCCACCGAAGUCGAGAUCUACAGUCUAAGAACAAACACUUGGAAACAGAUCGGCCGCAUCUUCCCUUCUGGAUUUCCUAAGCACCUGGGUCGCCAAGCUUUGUUUAGGGAGUUCAUCUGCUGGUGCUCUUAUGCCUAUAUAGGUAAUCUCAAGAUGUGGACGUUAGUAUUGUUCGAUUUGAUCAAUGAAGUAUUCCACGAGAAGGCUACGCCAGAGAGCAUUCUUUGUAUUGAGCAGUACGUAACAACGCUGGAGGGAUGCCUAUCGAUAUUAGCAUACAAUUGUUCCUAUGAGUACGAAGUGUGGAUCAUGAAAGAAUUUGGGGAUGCCGAGUCAUGGACAAAGCUGUACACGAUCGAUAUACCAGAGAAGCUCGCACGGUACACACCGUUAGGAUUUGCCGGCAGAGAUGAGGUUGUUUUCGCGAAGAUCCACAAGCUCCAGCGUGGCAACGACAGGACGCUUUUGGCUUCGUACAACAUGAGGAGCAAGGCAUUUGAGGGGUCCCAUCUGCGCGUCGAUUCCUUCUCGAGCUGUUGCAUGGUGAGUUACGUCGAGAGCCUAGUUUCUGUCGUGCUCGGGAAUGCUGCGCCAACGCAACCUCUCUCCAGAUUGUCUGGGAAUGGGUACAGAAGUAUCGCUCGAAAGAACGGUCCAAAAGAUCAAUCGAAAUGAUGGUUCGAAUGGCCCAUCAAAUAUCGACCGCAAAUGGUCCAUCCAUCAGAGCACGGGCUCCCCCAUGAUGUGGUCGACAGAUUACACGUUUUGAUGAAACGGACAGAACAUGUUCUGCUCCUGGAGCCCCCUUUGAAGUUCCAGUCCUCUCUAGCUAUUUGCAUUGCUGUGCAUCUUGAGGGUAGUAUAAAACAUGCUAUCUUCAGGUUUCUUGUAAUGUCUUCCUUGUUUGCAUUAUUGUUCCUUGUACGUGAUUGAGUAGAAUUAACGAAAGAGUUCUCGAUAUACUUGGCCGAA